AUCAUUGUUUUUUGCGCCUGUCGUCAUCAGGGAAGCUUCGUCGGACGAUUUCCAGGAUUCACACCGAUGCCGAGCACGGAUGUAUUUAUCUGUUGAGCGGAGAUGUCUGCUCUGUCUUCAGAGAUGGAGUCCCAGAAUUCGACCCUGAACUGCAUCAUAUGCUUCGACCGCUUCUACUUCCCGGUGACGAUCCCCUGUGGCCACACCUUCUGUAAAAAGUGCAUCACGGACCUCUGGGACACCAAGAGCAAGCUCAACCUCGGACCCCAGUGCCCGCUCUGCAAUGAGGAGUUCGCCACGCGGCCCGUCCUCAAUCGCAACGUGUUAAUGUCGAUGCUGACGGAGGCGGCGAACAGCGCGGGCCCCUCCUGUCCAGAGUCGCCCAUGAGGGGCGGCGAAGGGGCCAUGCUGCUGUGCGACCGCCAUAAAAAACCUCUGGUUUACUACUGCAGGCACGACAAGAUGUCCGUGUGCUGCGAGUGCGGCAUCUCCGAAUGCGUUCACCACGAGAAGGUCAUGCUGGAGGCAGAGAGGGGAGACCAGGAGCUGCUGCUGGAAAGGAAGAGUAAGGAGGUGGAGAAACUCACCGAGGAGACGCUGAAAAGUAUCGUGGACCUGACUGAGAAUCUCAACCAAGCGAAGGUGGCUCUUCAGCAGACUUCUACCUGGGUCAGUGUCAAGUUCUCCUCCCUGAUUAAAAUACUGGCUGAGAAGCAGGAGGCGACGGAGCUCUUCGUCGAGGAGCAGAGAGAAGCCGCCGUCGUCGAGGCGGAGGCCAGGCUGGCUGCGCUCGAGGAGCGCUGCCAGAAACUCCGAGCGAGCCAGGGAGAGAUAGCAGCCGUGCAUGGCCUCUCCGAUACAGAGCUCAUCAAGCGAUCGAUGCUCCUCGAAGUUCCACGUUUCACAGAUAUUCCCACGGACGUCACGCCCAACCUUCAGGACCGGCUGAACGGGGUCACCGACGUCCUGGCCAGAGUCUCCAAGCUGGUGUUUGAGGACCUGGAGAAAGCUGUGAGCGCCGCCGUGGGUCCGGACGAGGACGGUUCUCCUCAGGAUAAGAGGCCGGUCCUGGCUGUGGUUCCCAGUCCGGCUGCUCCGUGCCACCCGGGUGGGAAGGAGGGCCUCAAUGCCUUCCGGUGCUUUCUGACCUUUGACCCCCGCACGGCCAACGGGCACCUGUCUCUCUCCCGGGAGAACCAGAGGGCGGAGCACCUGACCUCCGGGCCGCGCCCCGUCCCGGCCCACGAGGCGCGCUUCGAUCACACGUGGCAGGUGCUCUGCUGCCAGGGCUUCACUGGCGGACAGCACUACUGGGAGCUGGAGGUGUCCAAGCCCUGGGCCUACCUCGGGGUGACCUACGAGACCAUCCCCAGGAAGGAGAAGGGCAAGAGGUGCAUGGUGGGUAUGAACGAGCUGUCCUGGAGCCUGCAGCUGGACGAGCAUCAGCUGAGCGCCUGGCACAACGGCCGGCGGGAGAUUCUCGCCGGCGCCUCGCGGCACGCCCGCAUCGGCAUGCUGCUGGACUACGAGGCGGGCACGCUCACCUACUACGGGGACGGGCAGACCCGGCUCCACGCCUUCCACUGUGCCUUCAGCCGGGAGCUGUUCCCCGCCUGCUGGAUAGGCGAGGGGGUCAGCAUCACCCUCUGCGCCACAUGAGCGGACUCACGGAAGAAGAGGACGGGAGCUCGGUAACAAGACCAUCGAACGGAGCGACAGCUGACUCGGCUGUCCACCUGGCUCUUUCUUGUUACACAGCUACCAAUCACAGCAAAGGAGCUCAAGCUCUGGUCCGAAGAGCCUCAAGCUGUAGAUAUCAGACAAAGGCAAUAACAAUAUCAUGAACCCAAACCGGGGGGUGUUCCGACGUUUCGUGGGACUUCCACAACGCGUACGAAGCAGAACUCGUGGGUUUGUUCUUUAUUUUUAUGGAGGUAAAAUGCAAACUGUUUCUAUGGAGAUAAGCCACUCCCCCUCGCUCUCAAGUGUCACGCAUUGAGCGUGAGACUCAGGCAUUUCGGUCUUAACUCACGCACUCCCGCCACACAUCGUAUUUCUCACGCUGAAAAAAAACUCGGCUAUUUAAUGUUUGAAUGCAGGGGAGCUCAAUACGAUCGCGGUAGCCGUAGAGCUCCGGCGCCGGGCUGCGCGCAUCGGGACGGAGCAAAGAAAAAGUCACUAGCCCCCCCCCCCCCCCCCAACUCUUCUCGGCUCCCCCCGGGUGCUGAUGGAAAUGUCACGCUUGCCUGUCUUCAAAACUUGAGAGCCCUGCCAAUGGAUAUUUUGUUCAGGCAAUACUUCAUAGUCCUUUCCCCCCAGAGAAAAGGCCCAGUCUCCUCAACUCGCUGUGUCAUGUGACUCCUCUCUACUCCACACAGCUGAGGUUGUGUUGCAAGGCGGUACACGGAACCGAUGAGUUAGAAACCAGAGUCUCCUCCAGUGGACUCAGUUCUUCCAUUGUGUUGCGUUUAGGGUGCUGGACUCCGGGGUGACAUUUGACCGGGUGCCUCGCGUUACACUCACAGACGAUCUUACUGCGCUCACCUCGGAGGAUAGUUUAUGUUUUGGGAGAUCCGCUCUGAGUCGGACGAGCAGAUCAAGACCAGGUGGAUAAGAAGCUACAGCCGGUUAGCUUAGCAUAAAGACUCAAAGGGAAUGAAAUCUGCAUACCAGCGGCUGUAAAGCCCACUAAUUAAACGUUGCCUGGCAACCAGUGGGGACGACAGGAAGUAGAAAAAAUAAUCUCCAUAAAACUUUUUUUUUUUUACACUUUCUUGCUCAUGGAUUUGAAUGCGUGGGCCUCAGAGGUGCUGCUUGGUGGCUGACAUCGGCCGGACAUUGAUAUGACGGUCAGAGCCGUGUAAGAAAAGCCAGAGACCCUUUUCUUGCAUUGCUGUUAGAAGCCACGUGUCGAUAACCGAUAAUAACUUCAUUCAUCGCCCUUGCUGUCUGGAAAUUCUGGUUAUACUUGAAUUUUGAAAAUGUUAUGUUAGAAAAGAUGCUCAAGAAUGCACAAAGCUUCCACCACUUUAGUUGUUUCUGGGCAGAAUUCCCCCACACACACAUAUGACAUGAGCCAGUUCAUCAUGUGUGUACGGGACGAGAAGCCACUGCAGGAUGGAGUGAAUAUAAUUCAUUUUAUUAAGCAGUCCCCCCCCCCCUCCUCCCCGUUGUACCAAACGUGGGCUGAACUUUACUACUGAGACUACAGAACUGAAAAAGGGAUUUUACAACUGGCCUGUGGUGUUUAACCUUUGACGCUGACUGUUGUGAUGACAUCUAUGUACUGUACACUUUUUUUUUUAAAAUGGGCUUUUGGCAUUUAAAAAGAGUAAAUCAUGAGCACUUAAGAGAGAAUAGCUGUGUGUGUGAGCCACUCGAGGACACAUCAUUUUGGGAACGCUGCCGUGGAUUUGCACAAGUUUUCCAAGAGCACAUUUCCAGGGCUGAUGACACGUAACCUCUAGAACAGGUGUGUGUGUGUGUGUGUGUGUACGCUCGUGCACUACGCCGUGUUCAGGUGGAAUACCCAUCAGUCCGGAUGGAGUGAUGCUCUGUGUGGAAAUAAAAAAAGGCAAAGAAAAUUUGUUUUUCACAUGAAUCAAGAUCCAUUUAAUAAAAUCCAAUCCAAUGCAUACAUGCAUCAGUUGA